AUGGUCUCUUAUGUCGUCCAAACUCUUCUCUUCUUGAUUUGGAGAACUUUGAUAUUUCGUCGUCCUGUUGACUCUUCCCAUGUUCGUACAAUGAUCGUCCCACCUGGACAAUCUUGCUGUAUCUUCACUUCUGCUCGUCUUGAUACGGGGUAUCACAUUCAUGGAGAGAUUGUCUAUCCAGCUGUGAAUCACCCACCAGAUACUCAUUGCAAGGAGAAAAGACUUGGAGGAUCAAAGAUGCCUCUUGAUAGAAGGAGAAAAAGGUGUGAAAACACAAUCCGCGCCAAAACAUUGGCCGCGGACGCGCAAAAGAUUUUGGCCGAGCAAUUCUCAUUCUGGCCGACCGUUACGGUCGAGCCGGGAAGGAAUGGCGUGCUCGGCCGGAUUACUUCGCGCGACAGAAACCGUUCGGCGGCACGCACGAACCGGGAAGAAACGGCCGCGAUCGGCCGAAAUUUUCGUAUCGGACGGUCGAUCCGGGAAACACGAUCGGCCUCGGCCGAAAUCUCUCGGCCAAAACAAAUUUGGCCGACCAAAUCGCUCGACCGCGACAAAAUCCAUCGGCCAUCGGCCCAAAACUUUUCUAGGCCAAGGUACCCAAUGGCAAAGACAAAAGGAAAUGAGAGUAUGAAGAAGAAGAAGAACCCAUUCAUGGAACCACCAAAGAAGCAAAUCAAGCUAGGGAGUAGUAGCUCCAAUGCAAGAGCAGAAUACCAACUUCACCACAUUCCAUUGAUGCAAGUCAAGAACAUGUGGAGAGUCCAAGAAGAGGAGAAGAUGAUUGGGCACUUGUAA